AUGUCGCCGAGAAAGCUUCCAUUAGAUCUGGAAGAAGAGAUACUCGUUCGAGUUCCACCUCGAUCUCUCAUUCGUUUCAGAUCCGUUUGCAAAGUAUGGAAUACUCUUUUCAACGAUAAGAUAUUCGCCAACAGAAACUUUGCUUUCGGUCGUCCAGAAAUCUUGUUAAAGACACAUACCCAUAUGUAUUCGAUAAGCGUUGAUCUCAACAACGACGACCUAACUAUCAAAGUGACUGAUGUACGCUUUGUUGCGUUACGCGAUCGUCGUCGUUAUGAUCUCGUGGGGACCUGCGAUGGUUACUUCUUCUUGUAUAACUCUGAUCAUAAAGGCGUAAACGUGAACGUGGUUUCGAAUCCAUGGUUGAGAGAGACCAAAUGGAUUACCCCGGGUGGGACUCCACAUGGCAAGAGCUUGGGUUACGAUGGUAGUAGCCCCGAAAAGAGUUUCAAGAUUUUUGGGAUGAUGAAUACUCGUCAAAAUAUUUAUCAAAUUACUAGGAAAGUUGCAUUCUUCGAAUUCGCAACCAAUGCGUGGAACGUUACUCAUUGUACCACUCCACGUUUUCUCGAAGAAGAGAUACUAGUAGAUGAAUAUCACUGUAGGGUCUCCCUAAAUGGAAAUUUGUACUGGACAGCUUAUCCUUAUCAAGAAACUGGUCAUCAGUAUUUCAUCCGAAUGUUCGAUUUUUCGAAAGAAGUAGCAAAGACCUUUUGUAUUCUACCGUUUAAGGGGAAACAUAGUUCUUCCCAUACUCGUGGCCUUGCGAUUUACAAGGGAGAUAGGAUUUCAGUGAUACAACAAUGCACAAGAAGCAGAGAGGUUAAGAUUUGGGUGACAGAGAAGAGGAUUGGCAAUGGGGAUGAUGGAGAGGACGUGGUGUGGAUUAAGUUCAUGACUAUCUCAAUACCUCAUUUCCCCAUGGUUUGCAACAAUAGCUCUUCAAGUUACUUCGUCGAUGAUACUGUCUUUGGAAAGACCUUCGUUACGUGUUUUCUUGGCAAGAAACCUAAACAAGCUUGGGUCUAUAUUGUGCAAAAAGAUUAA